AUGGAUACUGAUAUAUCUGAGUCCUUAAGUUCUCUAUCAUCGCCUCCAGAAGAUUUAAUUGAUGCCUCCGACACGCCAACAGGCAGACGAAAGCCUUCCAGUCCUAGACGAGCGAAUCGAAAUAUCAGAGGAAAACGGCACAUUAAAAAGGCGCGGUUAGACAAGGUGUUACAAUAUAUGAGCAGUACAGGUAUAAGCAUUGAAACUUUUCUUCGAGCUUAUCUAGAAUGUCCUGAUGUGCUACGCUCGACCACCCAUCGUACCCAGGACAAGCGGCAUAAACGGAUUCGCGAUGCACUAUUUUCCCUUUUACAAGGACAGUCAGAGCAGUCGAACUUUCUUCUACAGAUUAUUAGCAGCUUAUUACGGUCGGAAUUUGAUAACUUGAUGGAGACAACCUAUUUUGGUCAGUUCGACAGUACUACGGCAGAUCCAGAAACAAUCGAUUUUAGUGAACUAGAAGGGGUGCUCAAGGAACAUGCACCAACAUGGAAUCAGAUUGCUCGAAUACUUUUAUCUAACGAUCGUAUGAAGCAUGAGAGCUAUACUGGCGAUAAAGAUAAAGUGGCUGAACGUCAAGUUAAACCGCUCUAUCUAAUCACUUCUACAUUUUGCUUUUCUCGUGCGAAAAUGAGGUGCAAUUAUCUACCUAAGUUAAUGGGGUACUAUCUAUACAGUCUCGGUGUGAACCGACGUGCAUUAGGAUUUCUAGCAGACAUAGGGAUAUGCAAUCAUCCUCAAGAGAUCAUCAAGGGAGCUAAAAUGAUCGCAAGGAAAGAACAGGGCUUUCACCAUGGUGAAAGCCCUUAA